GGUUCCCGAUGCUGCAGCGUGCACCCUUUUCUGGGAAACCCAGGCCGUACCGAGAAAUGCCGGGUCCCCGGCGAAUCCCGCUGCUCGGUAUGCUCAACGACAUCAUCCACCUUGGAAAACCUGCUGAGUUACAUCGGCGCAUCUCUGAGUACCACGACCGGUAUGGGGACUUGUUCCGGAUACAGAUCGGCACUCAGCAGGCCGUAUUCGUUCGGGACCCGAUCCUAAUGCGCCGGACAUUCCAGCUGGAAGGGCCAUAUCCGCGCCAUCCGCUACCAGAAUCUUGGACGUACUUCAACCGUAAACACGCCUAUCAGCGUGGUCUGUUUUUCAUGGAUGGCUCAGAAUGGCUGCAGUCUCGCCAGAUUUUGAACAAACCGAUGCUGAAGGAGUUCGAUUGGAUGGAGCAACCGAUUCGUGGUGUAUGUGAGGCUAAGGUGGCGGCCAUCCAACAACGGGCCGACCAAAGGCUCACGGCCGCCCCGUUCGAGGGCAUCGAGUCCUUCCUGUACAAGUGGUCGGUCGAGGUGGUGUUGGCCGUGAUGCUGGGGGAGUCUUUUAAGCGAUGUCAGGAAUCCACUGACUUCCGCGUGCUAGUGGAGCGCUUUUCAAGAGUGGUAUAUGAUAUCUUCCGCUGUAGCUCGGAGUUGAUGAACAUCCCACCGGCUAUCGCGGACCGGUUGAACGUGCAAGCUUGGCAGAAAUUCGAGCGAGUUGUACCGGAAACAAUACGCUUAGCAAACGCUAUCAUCGAGAUUGGCUUGACAAACUCCUCCAAAGGACAAGGGUUGCUCACGCUGAUGGCCGAGAAGCUAACCAGAUCAAUGAUGAUGCGUGUUUUCACUGAUUUUAUCAUUGCUGCCGGGGAUACGACCGCGUUCGCAACCGUUUGGGCGUUGCAUCUUCUCGCGGGUAACCCGAAAAUGCAGGAGUUGGUACGAGCUGACGUGGUAGAGUCGGGCGGGCUCGAGAGUACUGCAAUCAAAGGUGUCGUCCGUGAGACACUGCGUCUGUAUCCGGUGGCACCCUUUAUUGGGCGGUUCAUUGAGAAAGAGUCAACGUUCGGUGGUUACACAUUAGCGAAGGAUACUUUGGUGCUGCUGUCACUGUACAGUGCCGGUCGAGACAACCGGUACUUCCGCGAUCCGACACAUUUCAAUCCGUAUCGUUGGCAGCGGGUUAAAGAGACUGGAGAUGCCAACUCCUCCAACAGCCCGGAUAGUACACCGUCUGCCUCGCUUCCAUUCGCGAUCGGGGCUCGAUCGUGCAUCGGACAGAAGAUCGCUCAGCUGCAGAUGCAUUACCUGCUAUCAAUGAUUUUGACGAAAUUUGAGCUCACCCCUGAUGGCAAACAAGACGAGCAGAAGGUGCAGAAGUCGAUCAAACCGAUCUUAAAGCUCAUCACAGUGCCGAACAAACCGGUGAAGGUUCAGUUCACUCCACUUCUAUUACCCACAAAGUGAAAUGCCUUAUUCGACUAUCGUUUUUUAAGUAUUGCGCAGAAAUUUAGACUUUUUACCUAAGCACAUAUAUACCUCACGUACAAGCAUUAGUAGCACGCUUUUAAUUGUUACCACCCGUUCGAUACGUAUGAUUCGUAUAAGCCAUGGGUUUUUUUAAUGUUGUUCAUUGUUAUAUUUUAUGUUUUCCUCAUGCCAUUGCAUCAGAAAAUCCCUAUAGAAUAAUGAUAGGUUUGUUUGCUUCGCAAUAUCGCCCUCGGAAGCUCAGAGAUCUGAUACGUGUACUCACGUUGUAUUAACUUCUCAUUUAAAUAAAUAAAUACAUUCCCGA